GGCGAGUCGUGUGCGUCUUGCCGCAUGCGGCGAUUCGAGACACAUGGGUACGAAUAGCUUUGCCGCUGAACUCCGCCCACAUUUUUACUCUUUCAUUGUUGCUUGACAAAUUUCGGUGUUCGCCGUGUUGACGUCAGAAACAAGACUAAUAAACUCGUGUAUUUUUAUGUUGAACACAAGAAUUAUGGUUUCUUCUUGUGAAUUAUAAUCUAGUAUGUCAUGGUUCGCCAGAAUAAAUAAUAGUUUGUGAAUGCGACAUAACUAUGCCCUAAAGUUGGACGGAUUCACAUAGAAGUGCUGGCAACUGCGGUCUAGUCGCAGCACGCGCGGGCUCAAUGCUUGGCGAGUAGCGUUGGUGUGUUGGCUUCUUCUUGUUGGCUUCGUGCUAUUCUCGCAAUGGUACACCUCGACCGCCGCAGAAGACUGCUUCUUCUUAAAAAGAAGGUUCUUCUGAUUCAGAAGAAGAGGAAAGCAAAGCGAAAGUGGUGGGUGCGGCCGUCAUGGAGAGACCGGCACACGGAAAGCGAAUAUUUUACGACGAUGCAAAGGAUGCGUAAUGGCGACAUUGAAUACUUCAAGAAGUAUUACCGUAUGACGCCGCAUCAGUUCGAUUUUCUGCUGAGCCUCUUGAAGGAAGACCUCCAGAGAAAGCACGUCGUCAGAGAGCCAAUACUCCCUGCUGAACGACUGGCCAUGACACUAAGGUACCUAUCGUCUGGUGAUGCCAUGCAAGAUAUCGCCCUUUCGUUCAGAGUGGGCAUAUCAACGGCACGCAUGGCUGUCCGGGUCACAUGCCGGGCACUAUGGAGCAGACUGCAGCCGCUCUACAUGCCGAAACCCGAGACUGCCACGUGGCUGAAGAUUGCGGAGGGCUUUGGGCAUACCUGGCAGUUUCCAAACUGCCUUGGAGCUGUUGACGGCAAGCAUGUGCACAUCAAGUGCCCUGCCAAAUCAGGAAGCAUGUACUUCAACUACAAGGGCACUUAUUCCAUUGUGCUUCUUGCUGUGGUUGACAGCAACUACAAGUUCGUUGUUGUUGACGUGGGUGCAUACGGCAAGCAGAGCGACGGGGGAGUGCUUGAGCAGUCCAUAUUCGGGCAGUUACUGGACAAAGGCAAGCUGCAACUUCCCCGGGACCUUCCACUACCGAACACAGCCUUGCCAGCUCCUUGUGUCUUUAUCGGGGAUGAGGCCUUCCAGCUGAGAACCGAUUUUUUGAGGCCAUACCCAGGUCGAGGAUUGGAGGCCAGCAAAAGGGUAUUCAAUUACCGCCUCAGCAGAGCAAGAAGGUGUGUCGAGAAUGCUUUUGGAAUCCUGGUGACCCGGUGGAGGAUCCUCGGAAGACCAAUGGGGGAAAGCCCAGGAAAUGCUGAGCAGGUGGUGAAGGCACUGUGCGUGCUUCACAACUUCCUGAUAGACGUGCGCACAGGGAGUGAUGACUUUUAUUGUUGGCCCGGUUAUGCGGAUUCAGUAAGCUCAUCGGGUCAACGACAAAGCGGCCAGUGGCGGCAAUUACUUGUACAACCACCCAUGCAGGUGGCCCGCACCACGGCACACAACUUCAGUCACAUGGCACGAUAUGUCAGGGACAUAUACUUGCAGUACUUCAACAGCACUGCAGGGCGUGUUUCCUGGCAAGACGCCGUGAUCUGAAGUUGCAGUCUUGGUGUCGUGGUGCCUUUCUAAAAGUGAGUGGUCUUUGUUGAGCUUGUGCAUCAAAAUGCCAAGGCAUUUAGUAGCCACAGAUAAAUUGUCUGCCAAGUCCUCCGUUUUCUUCCAAGGAAGUAGAACGUGAUAGCAACCGUCCUUGUUAGUUAUUGCUUUCUCGAACUGUUGUAGUGUCACUUCACUGUCUAUCAUGCGAUGCUGCACAGAUCGCGAUGUCUAUUUUUCUGGACAACUUUUGGUGUUUUCAGAAGCACAUAUGCUGUCACUGUUUCUCAACACUGAAGUUAAUCGAAGUACUCCAAAAGACUUUGUAACUUUCUCUGCUUUCGUCAUCCGAAGCACUGAGUCAGUCUCUGCUUGAUCCGUUGAUACCACUUAGGAUGCUGUCGUUGGCUUGCCAAGCUCGUGAAAUUUAAGCGCCAAUUCUGACAGCAAGACUCACAAUAGAGUCCCGUGGGUGUAGGCUUGUGCCAAGAGUUUGACUGAGACUUGGUCAUAGAGAUCUCGAAGUUGCCUGACAUUCAAAGAUGACGAGACUGUACCGGAUCUCAAAGGCUUCUAAUGUGCUCUUGAACAAUUAUACUUUCAGCUCCAAAACAUUUCAUGAGAAUAUCUAUGGGGUCCUGAUAGCACUCUUCGGUUGCUUGGAGUACAGAUAUGGCCGAAGUGGCUGCUCCACUGAGUAGUACAACCACCCACGCCAGGUGAACCACCCAUGCCACUCAGAUAAAUAAAAUUGUCCAUAGUGCAAAGCUCUUCCUUAAUGUGCAGGGGCGUCUGUUGUGGUACAGCAUGCAGAUAUUCUAGUCCUGCAGGCAUAGUGCCCAUUGGGCAAAAUGGCCCGAGGUAUUUUUCAAGAACAACAGCCCGCGUAGUGCAAGGUGGUCUGUAACUACAUCAAAUGGACGGCCAUACAAAUAAGGCCGGAACUCAGAGCUUAGAUGAUGGCCAGGCAUUAUUUUUCUCUCGCAGGGUAAUUUGUCUUAGCUUUCGUAAGAGUAUGACUUACAUAAGCCACAACAUAUUCAGGAAACCCUUGUUUGCGCUGGGCAAGAACAUUGCCAAGGCCAGCACCACUGGCGUCUGUGUCGACCUCUGCAGGAGCUGAUAACUCGUGACGGCGAAAAAAGAUGUUGGCAAAAGACAAAGCCUUGUGAAGGCCUCAUCUCUCUCGGACGAUCACGAAGUAAGGAGCCCGUUGCUGCUAAGUCGUUGGUUCACCACUGCAAAGGUGGAGCCUCUCUAAGUUUCCAAGUAGGCUUGUGAUGUCUUCGGUGGUUGAUACCUAUUGGCUGACUGCCAGCAGUUCCAAGGAGCCUGGCUUCCCAUCAGGACAACCUUCACUUUUGCGUCGCUCAAUUUCAGCAAGUUUCCGUGUCACUAUGUGGCUUGUGUCAGCGGUGCACUGCGAUUCUUGAAGUUGGCGCAAUUCAGAGAACACAACAUUACGAAGCUCGUCAACGUGUAGUUUGUGAAAGCGCCAAGUUGUGGAUAGAAGCAGAACACGGGCUAGGCGCUCAAACAGUUAAUCAAAAGUUCACACUUCUGCCAAGGGUACCAAGGCAGAAUCAUGCCACAGCAUGUCCGAAGUACUUGUGCCACCCUUGAUCUCAUCCGCAACAUCGCUUUGCAAAACCGAGUCAGUGGGUUCCUUGCUUUGCUUACGGCACUUCUUGAAAGGUGCGGUGUUGUCAUGCUUCUCAGCUGGCCUUAUUCACCAUUUUUUUUUUCUCUUUCGACUGAUAGCUUGGGCAGUCUGGAAAUAUAGUGGGCACUGUAUAUCUGGAGACGGGUGCUUUCCGGGUUGUGCAAAGCAAGACAUUACCACUAUAGACAGCUUUCCAGGUUUCGUUCACCAAAUGUGCCUUGAAGUAUCGUUUGCAGAGAUGGUCAGUAGAUUGCAGUGUAUAGUAUGGUAUUCCUCCAUACCCAAAGCCGCUCUUCUUUCUGCACAGAGUACGAAAGUUUUCCGGCACACAACUUGUACCCUGCCGUGCAUCGUGGGGCGAAACACUUUUUCUCCAUCGCUUCUAUGGUUGCUCGCACCUCAUAAAUUCACACGGUCAAGGAAAAUUGUCAAGGAUUGCGAAUAGUUUCCCAAAACAAAGGAACAAAGACAUUUCGAUGUCAAA